AUGCAGCCGCUAGCAGACGGCAAACUGCGUUUCGAGCCGGAGCCUUAUAGCCGGAAACUAGAGUUGAAUAAUCCCGGUAAGAUACACUGCAAAGUAGCUGGCGGUGUUUCACCCACUGUGCAAUGGUAUUUGAACGAGGUCGAUCCUCUGCCGGAAGGUGUAAGUUCAACUAACGGCACGUUGGUCGUGGUGGAGGCGGCCCGUCGUCACGCCGGCCAGUACACAUGCAAGGCCGUAGACGGAGAUAACACCAUCACAUCCAAAAUCAACCUCGAUAUUGUUGUGUCACCGCGCGUGGUGGAGCCGUCCCCGGGCGAGCAGCGGCACGCGCGCGUCGGCUCCGACGUGGCGCUCGCCUGCCGCGCCACCGGCGACCCGCUGCCCGCCACCCAGUGGGACCGGAACAGGACCAUGCUCAAGCUGCAGCGUGAGUUAUAUAUAAAUACAGCUACACCACGUACUCAUACGACGACCUCCGUAGCCGAGUGGUCCGCACGCCGGUUGAUGUCCUCAUCUCUGAGGUCUCAAGAUCAAAUUCCGGUCAGAUUAUGUGGAAAAUGAACUUUUCCAUAUUGUCUCGGGUCUGGGUGUUGUGGUAACCCUGUUGUCUCAGAUACUUCAUAACUUUACAACAGAGCUUUAGCUCUCAUCUUUGAAUUAGAGCAAAGUAUGUAAUGUUGUCUAAUGUUUAAAACAAACGCAUGGCUCGUUAGUUACUUGAAAUAUGCAACAACGCAAGUCGAGUUAAUUUUUUCAUAUGUUUAUAUGUAAAAUCCAAAAUGUGUUCGAUAAAAACACAAAAUAAUAAUAAUAAAAAAACUGCAUUUAUAACAAAAGAUAUUCUUUUUUUUUUAUCAAAAACAAGUUCUUAAAAUAAUUAUGUACUUAUGGUAGUUGUUUUUGGUAUGUUAUUAAGAUAUCACUUUAUUAGACAAAAUUCUUCUUUGUAACACUGAUAGGUCGUACAAGUUUUAAGAUGGCGUUGAUGUCGAGGAUGGUGUUAAUGCCUCAACAGCAAGGGUAUUGGUGUUGAAGAACGGGACUUUACUGAUACGUAACGCGACGGAGCAGGACUCUGAUAGAUACGGUUGUAUCGCCGGCAAUGCUGCGGGACUAGCGCGGAAUGAGCUAGUACUUACUGUACAUCCCGAAGAUGAAAUGCCGGCAUCAGAAUCGUCCGGUGUGGGUGGCAAAGCGGUGGUGGUAUCUAUAUCCGUCGCAGGCGCUUACAUGUUACUAGUGCUGGCUCUCAUGCUGUACUGUAGAAGGAGGCGGCUGAACAGAAGACAGAGAGGUAAUUAUACCCUGCCAGCUAUAGACGGCGGCUCAACAGGAGACAGAGGUGAAAAAGAAGAAUUAGAGAUGGCAGAAGGACGUGAGAAGUUAGUGGAAGAAGAAGAUAAGAAAGUCGGCAAUGGAGCUCCUGCGCCUAAUGGGCGCUUGUUGCCGCAUGACAGAGAUAGUGGCGCUGAUAACUCUGAAGUGUCAGCUGUAUCGAGAGCAUCUAAGAAAUCAGGUCAAUAUGACCAUCUAGCCGUCCCGAGGAGCUUAUUGGUAGAUCAAAUAACAUUAGGACGUGGUGAAUUCGGUGAGGUGUCUCUUGCUAAGAUAGACAUGUGCCAAGUGAAGAAGCUACGCAAUAAAGACUAUGCUGAGACAGAACCUAAGAUGAUACAUGUGCUUGUCAAAGCGUUGACUGCUAAAGACGAGGGUGACCUCAAGAGUUUCCUGAUAGCGACCCGCACUGACGAGGAGAACGCCGAGUACAUAGAGCGUGUUGGCGUCCCUCUCGCUCCCGCCCCCGCCCGCAGCGCUGUGUCUCUGUCCCCCUCGCACCGCGCCCUCCUCGCCGCCCGCCUCGCCGCCGCCGCGCUACGCCUCGCCUCACAUCGCCUCACGCACAGGUCACACUCGUUAUAUCUCUGUCUCACGCAUACACAGAAACGUUGUUGGAACAAAUCGCCUACAGACAGACCACAGUUCUCCGAAAUCAACGAUGAGUUAGCGACUAUAUUGAAAUCUGUAACCGCUGACAACCCUACGCAGGAAACCGAAGAAAAGGACGAAGAAAUAGAAGCAUAA